AUGUCUGCUCUGACGCCUCCAACUGAUAUGCCAACCCCCACCACUGACAAGAUCACACAGGCUGCCAUGGAGACCAUCUACCUUUGCAAAUUCCGAGUGUCUAUGGAUGGAGAAUGGCUCUGCCUGCGAGAGCUGGAUGACAUCUCACUUACACCUGACCCAGAGCCUACCCAUGAAGAUCCUAAUUAUCUCAUGGCUAACGAACGCAUGAACCUGAUGAACAUGGCCAAGCUGAGUAUCAAGGGCUUGAUUGAAUCAGCUUUGAACCUGGGAAGAACUCUGGACUCAGACUAUGCACCCCUCCAGCAGUUCUUCGUGGUGAUGGAACAUUGCCUGAAACACGGCUUGAAGGCUAAGAAAACUUUUCUUGGACAAAAUAAAUCCUUCUGGGGGCCUCUAGAACUGGUAGAAAAGCUUGUUCCAGAAGCUGCAGAGAUAACAGCAAGUGUUAAAGAUCUUCCAGGACUUAAGACACCAGUAGGCAGAGGAAGAGCCUGGCUUCGUUUGGCAUUAAUGCAAAAGAAACUCUCAGAAUACAUGAAAGCUUUGAUCAAUAAGAAGGAACUUCUCAGCGAAUUCUAUGAACCCAACGCCCUCAUGAUGGAAGAAGAAGGAGCCAUAAUUGCUGGUCUCUUGGUGGGUCUCAACGUCAUUGAUGCCAAUUUCUGUAUGAAAGGAGAAGACUUGGACUCUCAGGUUGGAGUUAUAGAUUUUUCAAUGUAUCUCAAGGAUGGGAACAGCAGUAAAGGUAGUGAAGGAGAUGGCCAAAUUACUGCAAUUCUGGAUCAGAAGAACUAUGUAGAGGAACUCAACAGACAUCUAAAUGCUACUGUAAACAACCUUCAGGCAAAAGUGGAUGCAUUAGAAAAAUCCAACACUAAACUGACAGAGGAGCUUGCAGUUGCAAACAACAGGAUUAUUACCUUGCAAGAAGAAAUGGAACGAGUUAAAGAGGAAAGCUCCUACAUAUUGGAAUCCAAUCGGAAGGGUCCUAAGCAGGACAGAACUUCAGAUGGGCAAGCACUGAGUGAAGCCAGAAAGCAUUUAAAGGAGGAGACACAGUUGCGACUGGAUGUUGAAAAAGAACUGGAGAUCCAGAUCAGCAUGCGACAGGAGAUGGAAUUGGCUAUGAAGAUGCUGGAGAAGGAUGUCUGUGAGAAGCAGGACGCCCUGGUGUCUCUGCGACAGCAGCUGGAUGAUCUCAGGGCUCUCAAGCAUGAACUUGCCUUUAAGCUGCAGAGUUCAGACUUAGGAGUGAAACAGAAAAGUGAAUUAAACAGUCGCUUGGAAGAGAAGACUAAUCAGAUGGCUGCUACCAUCAAACAACUCGAACAAAGAUUGCGCCAGGCUGAGCGAGACCGCCAGUCUGCUGAGUUGGACAACCGGCUGUUCAAGCAGGACUUCGGAGACAAGAUAAACAGUCUGCAGCUGGAAGUGGAGGAGCUCACCAGGCAGCGGCACCAGCUUGAGUUAGAGCUAAAACAGGAAAGAGAAAGAAGGUUACAAAACAACAGGAACAUCCCAGGAAAGGGCUUUCAGAAGCCAGAACCCAAAACGGAUGGGAAGCACAAAAUUCAAGAGGAAAAUGCUAAACUUAAAAAGCCCCUGGACGAAAGCCACAGGCUGCCGUCUCCCCCUGCGAAUGAACAGGACCAGCCGCUGCUCUCCGCAAAGCCACAGAUAUGUCAGCUGUGCCAGCAAGACGGCCGCCUUGCAAAGAAUAUGUGUAAGAACUGCAGAGGAACGUUCUGUGAUGCCUGCUCAACAAAUGAACUGCCUCUUCCCUCAAGUAUCAAGCCUGAGCGAGUUUGCAAUCCCUGCCAUGAGCAUCUGAUGAAACAGUAUUCCGCCAGCCCAUCGUAA